AUGGCUACUAACGCUGCUUCAUACAAUCCAAGUAAUGCUUAUACCCUAGCUGGUCACAGAAUAUUAGCUGACAAAAUUGCUUCAAUAGUUGGAGAAGAGACCGGUCCCGUUUCUGGAAAACCACCUCCUUUGUCCAACGAGACGAAAGCCGCUGUCGCAGACGCUGCCAAUGCGAGCGCCACAGGAUCUCAUGUCCCUGGGCAAGAUGCCGGGAAGAAAGUCAAGACCGAGAAGGAAUUAGAAAAAGAGCGGAAGAAGGCCGAAAAGGACGCCAAAUUUAAAGAAAAGAAGGCCAAGGCACAGGCGGCUGCGGCCACCCCAGCUACAACCAGCAAGACUGCAGAAAAGAAGGCCAAAGCUGAGAAGAAGAUUGAUGUCCUGCCGGCCUACGUUGAAGACACACCAGCUGGAGCUAAGAAGAUUAUCAAGUCCUUCGACGACCCGCAAUAUAAAGCAUACAACCCAAUUGCUGUCGAAUCCGCAUGGUACGCCUGGUGGGAGAAGGAGGGGUUCUUCAAGCCCGAGUUCACCGCAGACGGCAAGGUCAAGCCAGAGGGCAAAUUCGUCAUCGUCGAACCACCUCCAAAUGUCACUGGAAAGCUACAUAUGGGCCACGCUCUUGGCAAUGCUUUACAAGAUGUCAUGAUCCGGUGGAAUCGAAUGCACGGAAAGACCACUUUAUGGCUCCCGGGAUGUGACCACGCAGGUAUUUCGACUCAAAACGUCGUUGAAAACAUGCUAUGGCGCCGGGAGCAGAAGACUCGGCAUGAUUUGGGAAGACCAAAAUUCGUUGAAACUGUCUGGGAUUGGAAGAAUGAGUACCACGAAAAAAUCAAUACCGUUCUACGACGAAUGGGAGGUUCUUUCGACUGGACGCGAGAGGCAUUCACAAUGGACGAGAACUUUGCUGCUGCCGUCACCGAGACCUUUGUUACCUUGCACGAUCAGGGGAUUAUCUACAGGGGGAAUCGCCUUGUCAACUGGUGCACGAAGCUCAAUACAUCUCUAUCUAAUCUAGAGGUCGUCAACGAGGAGCUAACUGGCCGUAAAUUGCUUAGAGUCCCUGGCUAUGACAAGCCUAUCGAAUUCGGUAUCAUUGUCUAUUUCAAAUACAAAAUCCAAGACUCGGAUGAGACUAUUGAAGUUGCAACGACUCGUCCAGAAACAAUGCUUGGAGAUACAGGCGUUGCUGUCCAUCCGGAUGACGAACGAUACAAGCACCUUGUUGGAAAGAAUGCUGUCCACCCCUUUAUCGAAGGCCGGAUCAUGCCUAUCGUCGCAGAUACAUAUGUAGAGAAGGAGUUCGGUACUGGUGCCGUCAAGAUUACCCCAGCCCACGACCAAAACGAUUUUGACCUCGGCAAAAGACACAACCUAAAAUUCAUCAAUAUCUUGACAGAUGAUGGCAAAAUGAAUGAGAAUACUGGUCCUUACAUUGGACAGAAGCGUUUCGACGUUCGUUAUACAAUCCAAGAGGACCUCAAGAAGGCCGGCUUGUACGUCGACAAGAAGGAUAACGCAAUGACCGUUCCUCGGUGCGAUAAGUCGAAAGAUAUUAUUGAGCCUAUCUUGAAGCCGCAAUGGUGGAUGAAGAUGACAGAUAUGGCAGAAGAUGCCCUCAAAGCUGUCACAUCUGGCGAGAUCAAGAUCCUACCUGAGAGCGCCGAGAAAAGCUACAUUCGAUGGAUGUCAAAUGUUAACGACUGGUGCUUGUCCAGACAGCUGUGGUGGGGACACCAAGCACCAAUGUAUUUCGCACAAAUCUAUGGCGAAGAAAAUGAUGAGGCAAAUGGUGACUUAUGGUUUGCUGGAAGAACACAAGAGGAAGCAGAAGAAAAAGCCAGAGCAGCUCUGCCUGGAAAGAACUUUGUUUUGAAGAGAGAUGAAGAUGUUUUGGACACAUGGUUCUCGUCUGGACUCUGGCCUUUCGCAACAAUGGGCUGGCCUAAUAAGACUAACGACCUUCAAGAACUGUUCCCAACUACCGUUCUUGAAACUGGCUGGGAUAUUCUCUUCUUCUGGAUCGCCCGAAUGAUCAUGUUUAGUAUCAAGCUCACUGGAAAGGUCCCCUUCAGUCAGGUCUACUGUCACUCCUUGAUUCGCGACUCCGAGGGCCGAAAGAUGUCGAAAUCAUUGGGUAACGUCAUUGAUCCGCAGGAUGUUAUUGAGGGUAUUCCUUUGGAGGACCUCCACGCCAAGCUCAAGAUUGGCAAUUUGGCCCCAGAUGAGGUAAAGGCCGCCACCAAAUACCAAAAGAGUGCUUUCCCUGACGGCAUUCCUGAAUGCGGUACUGAUGCUCUUCGAUUUGCCCUGGUCGGAUAUACCACUGGUGGCGGAGAUAUUGCAUUUGACAUCCGUGUUAUUCAUGGAUACCGGAAAUUCUGCAACAAGAUUUACCAAGCCACGAAAUACGUACUGGGUAAUCUGGACGCAGACUACGUUCCUCGAAAGACUGCUAAGCUCUCGGGUAAUGAAUCAUUGCCUGAACGAUGGAUUCUCCACAAGAUGACCAUUGCCGCUAAAGAGAUCAACCAAUUACUUGAAGAUCGCGAGUUCUCAAAAUCGACCCUGGUUGCCUACCGAUACUGGUACAGCGAAUUGUGCGACGUCUACAUUGAAAACUCGAAAGCCAUUAUCCAAGACGGCACUCCGGAAGAGAAGCGCUCAGCCAUUGACACCCUAUACACGGCUCUCGAUGCCGCCUUGACAAUGAUCCACCCAUACAUGCCCUUCUUAACCGAAGAACUCUGGCAACGUCUGCCCCGCCGACUAGAAGACAAGAACCCCUCCAUCGUCCUCGCCAAGUACCCAAUCUACGACGCAUCAAUGGACGAUCCUACCUCCGAAGCAGCAUACGAACUCGUGCUAGGCAUCUCAAAGGGUAUCCGCUCCCUCAUGUCAGAAUACUCACUCAAAGACGAAGGAAAAGUCUUCAUCCAAACCAACGACAACACCUCCUACACCACCGCUACUACCCAACAUCAAUCCAUCAAAUCCCUCUCCGGAAAAUCCGUCGCCUCAAUAGAGGUCCUUGCACAAGGCGCCGCGCGCCCUGCCGGCUGCGUCGUCUUCUCCGUCUCCUCGUCAGCCGCCGUCUUCCUCUUCGUCAAAGGCCGCGUCGACAUCGACUCGGAGAUCGCAAAAGCUAGCAAGAAGAUGUCCGCUGCUGACAAGGGCAUUGAGAAGCAGAAGAAGAUUUUGGCCGAUGAGGGGUAUAGGGAGAAGGUCAGCGAGGAGUUGCAGGCUGUUGAGAGGGCCAAGUUGAGGGAUUUGGAGGUCGAGAGGGAUGCGCUUGCGGAGACUAUUGGACAGUUUGAGAGGUUGAGGCUAGAGUAG